AUGUCUGUUGACCAAGUCUUUCGGUCAUGGUACAAGGGCGAUGCUGCGACGCAAGAGGCCUUCAAAUCUGUGAAGAAACACUUCGAACAGAGCAACUCGUUAAGUAGUGACGAGAAGGCUCUUUUGGGGAAGAAGUCGUCAUUGCAAGACGUUGAAAAGGCAGUCAGCGAUGCUUUCGCAAAGUACGAAGCUAGGAGCGAAGCUUCAAAAACACGGAAAUGGCUACAAAAGGCUUCUGAAUCAAUAUGCCAUUAUGGUCAAGUACUCGAUGUAUUCGUUCAGCAUCAUCCCGAAUACGUCUCCUUGGCCUGGGGACUGAUGAAGGUCAUGUUUAUGGUAAGUCGGCUUAGUCUCCACGCCGAACCGGAUAUCUCACCAUCGUGUAAUAGAGCGUGGUAA